GGUCGCGGAGAUUGAGGUCCUGGAACUGGAUGGACUGGAGGAAUAAUAGAAUGGAGCCCAGCGACAAGGCGCCACGCUGCCAUCACACACACAGCUUAUCCUUUCCCGGCCUCCCACAGUCCUGCUGUGCGGCUACCGCGGGAAAUGGUCGCGCUCCACGCGAAGCAGCCCACGCUUCGUCUACUCCCCGCGCCAACGAGCCAUGUCAUUGCCCGCCCGCCCACGGCGGCGGCCAAUGUACGCCUCGGUGCGCCGCCGCCGCCUGACGUCGUCCUCGACUGCAAACGGUUGGACGCGCUGAUGAAGUCCGGGAGGCUAAGUGACGCGCUGGACCUGUUCGACCGUAUGCCUCGCAAGAACGUCGUCGCGUGGACCACGGCCAUCUCCGGGUGCACGCGGAACGGGCAGCCCGAGGCGGCCGCGGCCAUGUUCGCGGACAUGCUGGAGUCCGGCGUCGCGGCCAACGACUUCGCGUGCAACGCGGCGCUGGCGGCGUGCGCGGCCGCGGGCGCCGGCGCGCUCAGCCUCGGCGAGCAGGUGCACUCGCUCGCCGUGCGGGCGGGCUUCGCCGCCGACGCCUGGAUCGGGAGUUGCCUCAUCGAGCUCUACUCGAGGUGCGGCUCCAUGUGGGCGGCUGAGGAGGUGUUUCGCAGGAUGGAGGCGCCGGAUGUCGUGGGGUACACUUCGCUUGUCUCGGCGCUCUGCAGGAACGGCGACCUCGCACGGGCUGUGGAGGUGCUCUGUCAGAUGAUGAGGCAGGGGUUGCAGCCGAACGAGCACACGAUGACGAGCAUGCUGGCGGAGUGCCCUCGAAUGAUUGGCGAGCAGAUACAUGGAUAUAUGCUCAAGGUAAUGGGUUCACAGAGCGUCUAUGCAUCGACUGCACUGAUUGACUUCUAUUCGAGGUACGGUGACUUUGACAUGGCGGAGACCGUGUUUGAAAAUCUUGACUCCAAGAACGUGGUGUCGUGGUGCUCCAUGAUGCAGCUGUGCAUUAGGGAUGGAAGGUUGGAAGAUGCACUGCGAGUGUUCAGCGAGAUGAUUUCGGAGGCCGUUGAGCCAAAUGAGUUUGCAUUUUCAAUUGCUCUCGGGGCUUGUGGGUCUGUUUGUCUGGGGCGUCAAAUUCACUGCUCAGCCAUCAAGUGCAACUUAAUGACUGACAUCCGAGUAUCAAAUGCUUUGCUCUCUAUGUAUGGUAGGAGUGGUUUUGUUUCAGAAGUCGAGGCUGUGCUUGGCAAGAUUGAAAAUCCUGAUCUUGUUAGCUGGACAGCUGCCAUUUCUGCGAACUUCCAGAAUGGUUUCAGUGAGAAGGCCGUAGCAUUGCUUCUUCAGAUGCAUUCGGAAGGUUUUACACCGAAUGACUAUGCCUUCUCUAGUGGUCUGAGUUCUUGUGCAGACCUGGCAUUGCUGGAUCAAGGAAGGCAGCUUCAUUGCCUGGCACUGAAACUGGGGUGUGACUUCAAAGUUUGUACUGGGAAUGCACUAAUCAACAUGUACUCCAAGUGUGGUCAAAUUGGAUCUGCAAGGCUUGCAUUUGAUGUCAUGAAUCUUCAUGAUGUCAUGUCUUGGAACUCACUGAUCCAUGGUCUCGCACAGCAUGGAGCUGCAAACUUGGUACUGGAGGCAUUCAGUGAGAUGUGUUCAAGUGGUUGGCAGCCAGACGAUUCGACAUUUAUAGCAGUCUUGGUAGGGUGCAAUCAUGCAGGUCUGGUGAAGGAAGGGGAGACAUUCUUCAGACUAAUGACUGAUCGGUAUGGUCUCACACCGACCCCUUCUCACUAUGCUUGCAUGAUCGACAUGCUGGGUCGGAAUGGUAGAUUCGAUGAGGCGCUACACAUGAUCAAGAAUAUGCCAUUCGAGCCUGAUGUUUUGAUUUGGAAGACACUAUUAGCAUCUUGCAAGCUGCACAAGAAUCUUGACAUUGGAAAACUCGCAGCAGACAAGCUGAUGGAGCUUUCAGAAAGAGACUCCGCGAGCUACGUGCUGAUGUCAAACCUCUAUGCGAUGCAUGAAGAAUGGCAGGAUGUGGAGAGGGUGCGUCGGAGGAUGGAUGAAAUUGGGGUGAAGAAGGAUGCCGGUUGGAGCUGGAUCGAGGUCAAGAACGAGGUCAGCACCUUUGUUGCAAGAGACACGUCUCAUUCAGACUCGGCAUCCAUCUAUCAGAUGCUUGCAGAGCUCGUUGUUGUGAUGCAAGAUACAGAGUUAGAUGUUCAUAUGCAGAUUUAGAUGCCAAAGAUGAACAUAUCACUUGCAGACUUUACAUGUAUAGUGGCACAAGCACAUAGUGUAUGCCAAAGUAGAACUGUUAAGCUUAACCUCCCUAGAGAAAUGUUUUGUAGUCUUGUUGAGCAGUGGCGCCGUACGAUAGCUGAUGAUGGCGUGGCGUGGCGGCAUCCACGACUAUCGCCGGCGGUGGCCAACGUUUCGAACCCGACGGUGUACGAGCAUGUGGUCACCAUGCAUGUUGACCUCGAUCACCAUCUCACGUACACAUGACAUGCAUCGAUCGAUAUCUCAGCCGUUGCUGCUUCGAUCGUACGUGUUGUGCUUGUGCGUGCAGGGGCACGGCACGGCGUGGUCGCGUGCGCUCUCCUGCGCCGGCCGCUUCGUCGUCGGCCUCGACAUCUCUGAAUGCGCUUUUGUACACCGCCCGCCCGUGUUGUGCUUCUACAUUCAUCAAAUUGUAUUCGGUACGCAUGAUAUGCUUGUGCGUACCAAGUUUGCAUUGUUUCGUUCGUCA